CUUAAAAUUAAAUUUUAAGUCAGUUAUAUUUGAUUAUCAGAAUUGAUAAUCAAUGGUUAUAUUGUACUAUUUAUUGUAUACUCUAUAUACAUAUGUUGAAAAUUUCCAUAAUGUAUUAUAUCUUAUAAUCCAUUAUUUUGUUCAUUGGAAUUUAUAUCAUACAUCAGUUGUUUUAAAUUUGUAUACAAUUUUGAUGUGUUCAAAUGGAUAGUGGUGAUAUUGAUACUAAAGUUGAAAUUCAAAAGACUCUGAUAUCUCUUAACGAAAUAACAUUAAAAAUAAAAAAUGAGUUGAAAAUUAUUAAUGAUCUCGUAAAAAAAAACGGACAACUUCACACAGCUGUGGUUGAUGCAAACAAAACAUUAACUGUAGUAGCCCAAGAUAUGGGCAUAAAUGUUGAGAAUAUUUUAAGUAAUGAGAAAAGUGAAAAUGAAUCCCAAUUUAACUUAAGGGAUAUUAUAUCUUCUGCUACUUUCCAAGAAAAAAUAUUUGCAUGUUUAAAUAAUAUGUGAUCUUUAUUAUUUUUAGUAAACAUUUUGUAUAUUUAUAUUUACAAAUUGUCUUAUACAAAGAGUAAAAACAAGUACAAAAUCCAUAUUUUUUUUAUCUUUACCUGCUUUUCAUCGUUAAAGCUUUGAUUCUGUCAACCAAUUGAACUUUUGUUGUUUACGAUCAGCCUGGGGAUUAAUCAUAAUGUUUAUCAAGCUAGGAGAAUCAUUGACCUAUAAGGAAUUUAUUCAUUAAAGCUACUGACUGUUAUAAUAAUUAAAUGAAAAAUACAAAUUAUAUUUA